CCUGUAUUUUUUUUUAUUUAUACACACAGUCACGACAAUAUAAUUGCAAUCGGCAUACUCAACUUCACUCAGAGAAUGUAAGAAGUGGACGAGAAAGAAAAAGAUACAAAUAAAAUGUCUAACAACGAAAAUACAGCUGAUUCCAUGAUCAUCUCAUUUGAUAAGACAACAGACAAGUCAAAGGAACACUUCGUCUUAAAUGCUGGCGAAAAUGACUAUGAAUGUAAAGUGUGUGGUAAACGUUGCAGUAAUGGUACAAAGCUGAAGGCGCAUAUGAGAUCACUCAUUGAUAAAAAGGCUUUCAACAUAUUUAAAUGUGAUAUAUGUGGUAAAGGGUUUAGUCAAAGUGGUAACUUACGGAGACACAGUACUUUGCAUACUGGUGACAAAAAGUAUAAAUGUGACGAAUGCAGUAAAAGUUACCCUGAUAGUUAUAGCUUACGGAUACACAUGAAAAUACACACGGGUGAUAAACCUUAUAAAUGUGACGUAUGCGGCAGAGAAUUUAGUGUUGGACAGAACAUGAGGACCCAUAUGAGAACACACACCGGUGAUAAACCUUAUAAAUGUGAUGUAUGUGGUAAAGCGUUUGGGCAGAAUGGUCACUUACAGACACACAUGAGAACUCAUACUGGAGAUAAACCUUAUAAAUGUGAUGUUUGUGAAAAAGUUUUUAGGCAUACUAAUUGUUUACAGAAACACAUAAGAAUACACACUGGUGAUAAACCUUUUACAUGUGAUUUAUGCGGACGAGAGUUUAGUUCUGUUCAGAACAUGAGCACCCAUAUGAGAAUACACACUGGGGAUAAACCUUUUACAUGUGAUUUAUGCGGACGAGAGUUUAGUUCUGUUCAGAACAUGAGGGCCCAUAUGAGAAUACACACUGGGGAUAAACCUUAUAAAUGUGACGAAUGCAAUACAAGUUACUUUGAUAGUCAUAGCUUACGGAUACAUAUGAGAAUACAUACUGGUGAUAGACCUUAUAAAUGUGGUGUAUGUGGUAAAGGAUUUAGUCGUGGACACACCAUGAGGACCCAUAUGAGAAUACACACCGGUGAUAAACCUUUUAAAUGUGAUGUUUGUGGAAGAGGAUUUAGUCAGUUUAUGAAUUCACAGACACAUAAAUGUAUUCAACCGCAUUAGGACAUGUUGGAUAUGAUGCAUGUAAAAAUGCCGAGAAAGUACUUAUUCCACAUAAAAGGAUACAAGAUCAUGCUACUUUUUUAACUUGAAAACUGAAAUCUAAAUUCACAUUUUUGUCGAGUCCGCAACUUCUGAUUCAAAAAGCUUGACAAAGGGAUAGUGAUCUAGCGGUGACGGUCACUGCAGCGUUAACAAACUUCUUCAAACGUAAUAUUUCAGUACGUAGAAGACUUGGGCCUUCAUACUAUGUACAUGUUGAAUAUAGAUGCCUAAUAUUAUGAUGUUUUUCUCCGUCAUAUGUCCACUGUCUCUUACCUCAGUUUCAUGGUUCAGUGACUUCUUGAAAAAAAGCUAAGAUAUUCGUUUAAUAUUCCUAAUUUCUUAUAUAUUAUAAAUGUGUUUGGCAUGUGCGUACCUUGUAAUGUCCUUAUACCCGUCAAACAGUUUUCACUUGACCUCGACCUUAUUUAAUAGAUCAGAGAACACGGUUAAGUUUUCGUGGUAAAGUCAAUAUCUCAGAUACUAUAAGGAGUAGGUCUACUAUAUUUUGGUGUAUUGAAUGAUGUGUCCAAACUGGCAGGUGUCAUGUUAUGUUUUUGUGUUUUGGUCUGUUUUUCUUAUAUAAUAAUCAAUAGGUUAACUGUUUUCAACCUACCAUUUUUUUCAUAAAAUGUCCUGUACCAAGUCAGAAAAUGGCCAUUAUUAUAUUAUAGUUCGUUUCUGUGUGUGUUUCUGUUGUGUCGUUGUUCUCUUAUAUUUGAUGUGUUUCCCUCAGUUUUAGUUUGUAACCCUGAUUGUUUUUUUCUCAAUCGAUUUAUGAAUUUCGAACAGCGGUAUACUACUGUUGCCUUUAUUUGGCGUAUCGAAUGAUUGUAAGGUGUAUAUGUUUGUUAGCAAUUAUCGUCUGACCAUAACUAAUUUUCAUAGUUCAAUGAUCAAUCUUAACUUGGAAACUUUAGACUUUGUCUGGUUAAAGUCAUAUGAAACGAGUGACCGGUGAAAAAUAAUGUUAAUCCAAUUCUUGCAACAAUGCAUACAUAUAUCAUGAACUGAGUCUCCUGUGCACGAUUUUAUCAUUUUUUACGUAUCCAUUUCGUGUAAUCGUCAAAAAAAUACUUCACUUGGUCAGUGAUGUUGUGAGAAUAUGUCAGCUGUUUAAUGGACGUGUUUUAAAACCGAAGUUUACCGAUUGUCAUCUUUGUAAACAAUCAACAAAGAAGCAUGGAAUUAGGUAAACACGUGUAUAACAUGUACAAUAAGCUAUAGUUUGUUUCGAUGACGGAGCGAAGUUUACGUUCGGUUUCCCCAUUCACAUAUGCGUAUUUCGAUCACCAGAUUUCUACGAGAAAGGUCACGCUGAGGUAACAGCAUCCAAAAACGUGCAGGCGAUUGUUGACUGGAAGCCAAGAAUAAAAAAAGUAAAUUUCUUUUAAAUUUGGACAAAUUAAAGAAUUUUUCUUUAGAAAAAAGUACAUGUUCAGAAGUUGUAAAAUAAAAACUAGCUAUUUAGAUAAUAAAAACAUAUGCAUCAA